AAAAACUUAUUCAUGUACUAUCCAAUAAGCUACGAGUUCAUCGGAUAAAGAAACUGGAAAUAUAGCAUACAAAACGUAUAACCAGCGUCAAUUUCUGAAGUUUUCGUCGUGUGCGACGUGCGUUCAACGUUUGCGGUGACUGGGUCGCCGGCUUUUAUAAUUGCAUGAAAAUUAAUAAAUAAUAUUUAGAUAGUAAGUUUUUAAAAUGAAGUACUUUCUUUUGCUCGCAGUGGGCGUCCUGUUAUUAGCAGGAUGGUCCCAUGGGCAAGAGGAUGGUAUUGGGGUGGGCACCGUGGAGGAGGUUACUGUCGAUGCCGAUCUCGGCGCCUCGAGAGAAGGAUCCAGAACUGAUGCGGAAGCCGUGCUUCGGGAGGAGGAGGCGAUUUCGCCGGACACGCUGAGCGUCGCGCAGCAGAGAGAGAUGCGUGAGCGCGCUCAGAACUUCACUUUCCAGACUGAAGUCAACCGUAUGAUGAAGCUCAUCAUCAAUUCGCUUUAUAGAAAUAAGGAGAUUUUCCUGAGAGAAUUGAUCUCGAACGGCUCGGACGCGUUGGAUAAGAUCCGUCUUCUGUCGCUGACUAACCGCGACGUGCUGGACGCUACGAACGACCUCAGCAUCCGCAUCAAGGCGGAGCCCGAGAAGCGCCUGCUGCACAUCAUAGACACGGGCGUCGGCAUGACCAAGAACGACCUCGUGCAGAACCUCGGCACGAUCGCCAAGUCCGGCACGGCCGACUUCCUGUCCAAGAUGCAGGACAACGAGAAGCAGAGCAACAGCCAGGAGAUGAACGACAUGAUCGGCCAGUUCGGCGUGGGCUUCUACUCGGCGUUCCUGGUGGCGGAGCGCGUGACCGUGGUGUCGAAGCACAACGACGACCGCCAGCACGUGUGGGAGUCCGACGCCAGCGCCUUCAGCGUGGCCGAGGACCCGCGCGGCGACACGCUCAAGCGCGGCACGCACAUCACGCUGCACCUGAAGGAAGAGGCCGCAGACUACCUGCAGCCGGACACCAUCCGCGGGCUGGUGAAGAAGUACUCGCAGUUCAUCAACUUCCCCAUCUACCUGUGGGCCUCGCGCACCGAGACCGUGGAGGAGCCCGAGCCCGAAGCGCCCGCCGACGGAACGGACGCCGAUGAAGACGCGCAGGUGGAAGACGCCACCGAGGAGAAGAGCGAGCCCAAGAAGACGGAGAAGACGGUGUGGGACUGGGAGCUCAUGAACGACAACAAGCCCAUCUGGACGCGCAAGCCGGCCGAGGUCGCGGAGGACGAGUACGCGCAGUUCUACAAGAGCCUGACCAAGGACUCGGCCGCGCCGCUGGCCCGCGCGCACUUCGUGGCGGAGGGCGAGGUGACCUUCCGCGCGCUGCUGUUCGUGCCGCGCGCGCAGCCCGCCGACUCCUUCAACCGCUACGGCACCAAGACCGACCACAUCAAGCUCUACGUGCGCCGCGUCUUCAUCACGGACGAGUUCAACGAGCUCAUGCCCAACUACCUGGCCUUCAUCCAGGGCAUCGUCGACUCGGACGACCUGCCGCUCAACGUGUCGCGCGAGACGCUGCAGCAGCACAAGCUCGUCAAGAUCAUCAAGAAGAAGCUCGUGCGCAAGGCGCUCGACAUGCUCAAGAAGAUCCCCGACGACGAGUACGAGCACUUCUGGAAGGAGUACUCGACCAACGUGAAGCUGGGCGUGAUCGAGGACCCGUCGAACCGGUCGCGGCUGGCCAAGCUGCUGCGCUUCCACACGUCGGGCGGCGCCGAGCAGACCUUCCUGGCCGACUACGUGGCGCGCAUGAAGCCCGGCCAGAAGCACAUCUACUACAUCGCCGGCGCCAGCCGCGCGGAGGUGGAGAAGUCCCCGUUCGCCGAGCGGCUGGUGCGGCGCGGCUACGAGGUGCUGUACCUGACGGAGGCCGUGGACGAGUACUGCCUCUCGUCGCUGCCCGAGUUCGACGGACACAAGUUCCAGAACAUCGCCAAGGAGAUCUUCGACCUGGAGGAGGGUGAGGCGCAGAAGGAGCAGCUGGAGGCGGCGCGCGCGCAGUUCGAGCCGCUCACCAAGUGGCUGGGCGACAAGCUGGGCGCCUACAUCACGCGCGCGGCCGUGUCGCGGCGCCUGGCCCGCUCGCCCGCCGCGCUGGCCGCCACGGCCUUCGGCUGGACCGGCAACAUGGAGCGCCUGGCGCUCUCCAACGCGCACCAGAAGGCCGACGACGCGCAGCGCAAGCACCACCUGGCGCAGAAGAAGCUGCUGGAGAUCAACCCGCGCCACCCCGUGGUGCGCGAGCUGCUGCGCCGCGUGCAGGACGACCCCGACGACCCGCUGGCGCUGCACUCGGCGCGCACGCUGCUGCGCACGGCCGCGCUGCGCUCGGGCUACCUGCUGCAGGAGGGGCAGGCCGUCGAGUUCGCCGACUCCAUCGACAGCAUGCUGCAGCGCGCGCUGGGCCUGCCGCCCGACGCGCAGCCCGACGACGAGCCCGAGCCCGAGCCCGAGCCGAGCGCCGAGCGGGACGACGAGCAGGAGGCCGAGCGGGACGGCGACCGCGACGAGCUGUGAGCCUCUCUAGUGCAUCCCUUGUCUGAAUAAUAAUAUUAUGUACAAAUAGUGACGCACGAUUUCGACGAAUCGAACGGUGAUACACCUCAAGAGACGGCCCCUCUGAACUUUACAAUAUUCAAUUCAAACUGCAUUAUUUUAUAUGUCGAUCACGUAUGUUUUAGUUUCGCCGAGUGUUUGAGAUGAAGGAUGUACGUCCGUUUACGACUUUAUUAAUUAUGUCGCUGUGAAGACUGCAUUUUUUUUUUGUAUUAGUGUGCACGAGUUGAGAAACUUGUGAAGUGUAAAUAAAUUAUUAUAAUUUAUUA